GAAAGUUAAAACAACACGAAAGUUUGCAGUUGAUUCAGUUUUUGGUUAUCGAGCUAUGCUACAGAGAUUGUUCGACCAAAAAUAGCCUACAAGCCGCCAUAGAACCUUUGAAGAUUACAGUCGAGUUCAGAGGUCAGACAUCACUAUUGUUCUCGAGUGAGAUAACGUUUGACCCGAUUACGAAAUACACAGAGAAACCUCCAAGCUGGGAUCGGGACAGGUAGACUGACAGUUAAGGAGAAGCGCGAUCACGAAAUCGAAGUAUCAAUUCGCUGUGCCCGAGGGGUGGGGGGAGGGGGUGGGGAAAGAGAUUUUCAAAGGCGGAGAGGUACAAAUGAAGCUGUGAUUAAACCCUACUCAAAUAAGGUAAAAGAACAGACAAUUUCACAUUAUUAAAAAAAACCUCCGAUUCACAGAGACCUCAUCACUCUUACUUAGUCACCGAACUCCCCCUCCCCCCGCUUUGUAGUCUUGAGUUCACCCAUGGAUGGGAUUUCAUUGUAGGGGUACACGGAUCAAAUAACAUCCUUUUCGGCAACAAGCUCGUGCUCUGCGGUAGGAAUUGAACGCGUGCAGUUAAACUGGACUUCUCUGAGCCCCGUGAACACUUCUAAAAUCCAAGAUGUCUCAAGCAACUGCAAAGCGUGUUUGUGUGAUUGGCGCUGGUGCAAGUGGCAUGUCAGUGUUAUAUCACUUUCAUCAACUUAAAGCGCAAGGAAAAGAAGUACCAGAAAUCGUGUGCUUUGACAAGCAAUCUGACUGGGGAGGACUCUGGAAAUACUCCUGGGAGACUGGUAUCGAUCAACAUGGUGAAUAUGUGCACGGCAGUAUGUACCGCGGCUUGUGGUCUAAUGGCCCCAAAGAAUGUUUAGAAUAUCCAGACUACACUUUUGAAGAUCAUUACAAAAAGGCAAUACCAUCUUACCCUCCCAGGGAGGUUCUGUAUGAUUAUCUUCAAGGUAUGUUCGUUAUGGGCGAGACUUGCUUUGAUGAAAGUUUAGCUAGAGUAUGACCUCGAUUGCAGUUA